GUGAAAAUAGUUUGGCCAUGUGGUCUACAUAUCGUUAUUAUUAAUUUGGUUGAGUUGACACGUUAACAGGAGCAUCCCUACCAUCUACGCAACUGGCAAAAGUCCCUCAUCAUUCUAUCUUCUUCCUCCAACAUGUGAUGACCCUUGGUCCAAGAACUACUAUGCAUGUAAGAACAAACCCAUGGAGGGUUAUGACUUAUGAGAGAGCCAAAAGGGAAGCACCCAACUUGGGGCAUGUUUUGCAAGGAAGGAGUUUUGGGGCAAUGUGACUUGUUCUUAUCAACUAGCCAUUUUGCUUUGCUGCUCCUGUGCUGGAUGUAAGAGUUUGAAAGCUCUCUCUCUCUCUCUCUCUCUCUCUCUCUCUCUCUCUCUCUCUCUCUCUCUCUCUCUCUCUCUCUCUCUCUCUAAGUUUUCAUGGUCCCUUACCUUAGCCACAGAUGGGACGAUGGUUCCAGAGAAAAUAUGCAGUGCCUGCACUGUACAACUAGAAGCUGCACCACACUUUUCUCUUGUCUAAUGAAAAAGAGGGACCAUUUUCUUUUUGGUGGGCAUAUAAUGCUCUGUGUUAACCCCACAAACAAAAGGGUUGGAACUUUGGGAACAAUUGUCUUUAGGGCAAGAAAGAAACGUUUGUUUAGUUGGCAAACAACCCCAUUGUACGAGCCAAACUUCUUUUGGAAGUGGAGGUAAUGAAAUUCAGAACCCAAAUUUGGUGAGCAAUUGCACUAUCAUGUACAUCAUCUCUAGCUCUUUGCCUUGAGAGGAGAAGUCCGAGUGAACUUCUGGUUGUGGGUUGGGUUGUGCUAUGCCCUUUGAUCUUUCUAAAUUCACCAUCACUUUCAUUCGGGUCCACAUGCAUGUGAUCAUCGUGGUCUAGUUCGAAUCGAAGUUGAUUAGUCCGGGAAAGUAUAAAAAAAAAAACUCGAUAGCGAAAUAUAUUUGAUUGGGAUGGGAAGCAAGCUUUUGUGAAGAACUUUGUCUCUUGCCAACUUUUAAGUACAAUCCUCCUACGUUGGAUGCCAAUCCAUCACCCAAGUAAUUAGGAUGCACAUUCGACGUUCGGACGGUCAGAAAAUGCAUGCAAAUCACUAUCUUUCUCACAGUUAUUGUCGUGCGCUUCUGACAGGGACAGAACGGGUGAUGUUCGAUUCGAUAACCGUAAAUUGCAAAUAAGACGCCCUAAAACCUAACCGGAUCGAUAGUAGCAAUGGGAAUGUGUAACUUGUUUUCAAUGAGGGCAGAAGUCUGGAUCAUCUGAUGUGAGAGUUGUUGCUAGCUAGUUAUCCUUAGGAGAAGAAGUAAGGUUUUUAGCCUACUAUUCUUCCAUCACUUGAAUGCUCUCAUAUCUCAUCAACUUGUUCCUGACAAUACGCCCUUCUUGCCUCUUUGCCCUCUCCAACGGUUGGACCCACCCAACCCAAACCAUAACUAGCUAGCCUGCUAGUGCUCAGAAUGUCAUUGGCGGUUGGGGAUGAGAUGUAAAUACUAAAUACUGAAGUGACCGGUUUUAAUAUUUUGCUAUAAGUAGAAACCCGGCCAAAACCGGGCUUUAAUAAAAGCUCAACUCCGCGCAGGCCACCAAAAUGAAUGGGCUUUUAGCCCAAUAGUUUUCCGUUUGUGAAGCCCUAGAAUCGGAGGACCUUUCCCAAAUAUUGCCGACCAAAAAAGAAGGGAAAGUUUCCGGUGGCACGAUUAAAUUAUUACAAACCCGGGACCCCGUACUAUCGGCUAUUUACAUAGGUUUGAAGUUUUUGUAAUCCGAAAAUGAAAUUGUUGAUGUUCGCACAAAAUACAUCUCGGUUGUAAAAAGGUAUGAUAACAUAUUAAAUUUUAAUUUACUAUAAUAACUCAAAUUGUUGGGAGGUGUUCGAUAAUGUAUCUUAUAUCAUACAUUAACAACAUCUUGGCGUUGUUUGUGAAUAGAUCAACAUGCUUCAUCUGCGAAUCAACUAUCCUCAUUAGAGUUUCAUCGCACUUGAAGCCGUCGAGGGAACGAAACGGCAAUGUAUACAAUUGUAUAGAUAGAUCAACCUCCAUUUUUUUUUCUUUCUUCCCAAUGAACCAAUUCGUAAUGUAUGUUAACCAGUAACCAGUAUCCGUGAAACCUUAACAGUCCAACCAAGAAAACUUCACAUCAAAACCUAAAUCGGCAGACAGUCUUCAGCGAUAUGAAACGAUCGAACCAUAAUUUUAAUUUUACAACUCAAAACACAUUUUUCGUUUUUUUUUCCCGACACAACCUCCGAUACGAUUUUACAAUCCUUCCCCCACCCCACGCUCACCCCAUUGAUUGGAAUCAAUAAAGCUAAUUAGAUAUACUAGAGGUCAAGCUUGACUUACAAUGCUAGGGGAGAAGAAAUAAAACACCCCCUAUCUCAAAAAUCAGUUCUACCCUUAAUCACGCUCGCUCUCUCUCUCUCUCCCUCCCCUAUCAAUAACGACACUUCCAUUUACGUGGAGGGAAAGGGAAUAGUGAAUCCUAAUUAAAGAAGAACAGGAACCCUAGCUCCAGCCAGCCCAAUAACCAGCCAUCUCCGCCGUGGACUCUGAAAACUGGACGAGCAAUAAAUAAAUAAACAACAAACGUUCUCUCCCUCCUCAAAUCUCCCUCUCCUCUCGCACGUGUUUUUUUUUUUUUUUUUUGGCAGGCUGGCUGGCUAUAUUUUCCCAACACAAUGAAACUGAAGAGCUUGUUAAAGAUCUUGCUCGUACUUAUCAUAUACAUGGGCAUCACCAUCGCCGUCUGGUUCGGCCUCGGCUUCGCGGUCGCCGUCGUUGUCCGGCACGGCGGCUUCUUUGUGGUGGACGUUGGCAAGUUGGAGUGGGCGAGGGAUGUCACCGUCUGGCUUACGGUGGCGGGCGCCCUGCCCGCGUUCUGUUUGACUCGCAUCAUCGCUAGGAAGAAGAAGGAGAUCGUGGAGAAGAUGAAGAAGGAGAAGGAGACCUCGGCUGGUUCGACAGAGCCAGCUGCUGCUUUCUGGCUGGUCACGCUGUCCGUCCCUGGACAGACCACUUCUUUAGUAAUUUUCCCUCAGAAUCUGUGAUGAUGUGAUGGAAAGUCGGUUCUUCUUUGAUUAAUAUAUAUAUAUAUAUAUAUAUAUAUAGAGGAUGGUAAUAGUGGGUACUUGCAAAAUUACCACAUUGGGAGUUUACAAAGCAACUGAGGUGAAUAUAUUGGUCUUUCUACUUUAAAAACAAAUGUUUUUUGAUGUGGUGAAUAUUGUUUGUAAGUGUUUAAGCAAACAAUAAAAAAACAAUAAUAUCCACCUCUUCUUCUGGUUUUUAAGUUUUAAGUGUUGAUAUGAAUCAUAUGUAUUAAACCCUUCACAAUUUGACAACCCUUAGCCAGUUAGAAGUUCCAUCAAACAACUACCCAAUUAUUAUUAUAGAAAUACAAAGCAAAUAUAUAAGGGCCCAAAUUAAUUCCUAAAUCCUAACUAAUCUGUAGCAUCCAAGUCAAUUAAAAUUUAAUUAAAUCUUCUUCUCCUCUUCGGAGAAUGAAAACUCUAUCACCAAUAAAAAGAUAGCUCUCGGGCCUGACUUCCAAUAAUCCCAACUAGAUUGCCGCCCCGACCAAUUGGUUGGGUAAUUUUAUUUUCUGUUAAUAACGUAUUCACAUCUUUAUAAUAAUGUAUUAAAAAAUUUCAUUAUCAUUAUAUAAUAUUAAUAAAAUUUGUGAAUUCAUUAAAAAUUGUGAAAUAUUGCACGUAUUAUUUUGUGUAUGUCCAAACUACCGUCAACAGAAAUGUACAUUUCCCAAUUUUUUGCGAGAACCCUUCCUUCCCCUUCUAUCGCCGACAGCUCAUGAAAUUUGUCAAGAACGAUUUUUGAAAUCCGAUGGGGGGACUAAUUUAUGAAUGACUGUCUAGUUACAUUCAGUGAAAAAGGUGUGAGUCGCAACAUUAGUGAUGUAUGUAUUAUAGAAACUUUUCAGAAUAUGAAAACACGCCGUGGUUCGCUUUGAGAAACGAUAUUCGGUGUACUUUAUCAAUUAAAAUUUAUUUUUAUUAUUUAUUUUUGUGAAUACCCUUGGUAAAAUUUCUGGGUCCAUCAUUGAUGCAAACCAACCUUGAUGUGGUACACUUUGCGUUGCAUAGUUUCCACGAACACGAUUCCAUGGUUGAUGGUUGCACAGAUCAAGAAAAGCAAAGCAAGUACUCCUCCAUGGAAAGUGAAUGGCAAUCCGUCUCUUUCUUUCUCUGUUUUCCUGUAGAGAGGACGAAUGAACGUGUGUGUCGUUCUCAUGUAGCCAGACAAAAAAUAUGAACCAUGGCCCAGCCAUGAAAUUUCUAUGUAUGUGUAUUUGUAUUGACGCGUUCCUGGAAUUUGCCGGAGGCAUGCAUGCACGACAAUGAAAGUACUUAAUAAGUAGGGCUUUGAAAGAAAAAAAAAACAGAGCCUGAAUUAGACAAAAUGAUAACUAUUUGAUUUUAAUUAGGAAUAUAUUAGGCAAGGAUUUCACAAUUUGGUCUUUUGAAGUCUAGGGUUCUUCGGAGACUUCAAGGUCAUCGUCGUCAAGCCAAGAAUUAAUGGUUUAUUUGUGUAUUAAUACUCUAGGUAGGGUUGGUGGGUUAGAGACUAUUGUGCUUGAUUAAUUAGUUGUCUACUUUGUUUAUGUAAAGUAAUAUUAGCAUUAACUAGUACACGCGUAUGUAAUUAAAAGUUCCUUCAACUUCAUGAUCGAUCACAUGAAAGUCCAAUAUUUUGGUAGUUUGGUCUAGUAGCUAGCUGGUCAGUCAGAAAGGAGAAAAUGUUGAACAAUGAAAAAUCGGAUGAUGUAUUGUACGUAGUAGGUAUCGACUCGUAAGAUGUAUAGUAUCGUUUGCAUAUUUGAUGAAAUAAAACUCUUGGGUCGCAUACUAUAACAUGUCAUAAAUAGGAGAUGGUUAUCAUAUGCUCGUUAUAUUAAGAAUUUGCAACGUAAUUAACAUUGAGAAAGUAA